AUGUAUAUUUUAGGGUAAUUUCCCUAUCCUUCUGGAAAUAUUCAUAUGGGGCAUGUGAGAGUCUAUACAAUUUGUGAUGUGCUUACAAGAUACUAUAAACUUAAAGGUAUGAAUGUAAUUAAUCCGAUGGGAUGGGACUCGUUUGGAUUACCAGCUGAAAACGCUGCAAUUAGUCGAGGUAUUUAGCCAUCUGAUUGGACAGUGAAAAAUAUAUAGGAAAUGAAAGACUAAUUACAUAGACUUGGUUUUGAUUUUGAUUGGGAUAGAGAGCUUGCAACUCAUACACCAGAGUAUUAUAAGCACACUUAGUAGAUCUUCCUUGAGUUAUACAAAUAAGGUCUUGCUUAUAAAAAAGAUGCAUAAGUAAAUUGGGAUCCAGUUGAUCAAACAGUGCUAGCUAAUGAAUAAAUUGAUGAUAAUGGAAGAUCAUGGAGGUCUGGGGCCCUAGUAGAGAAAAAAAUGCUUAAGCAAUGGUUCUUCAACAUCAGGAAAUACGCUGAUUAAAUGCUAAUUAAUUUGGAUAAAUUAAAUAAAUGGCCUGAAAUUGUAAAAGAGGCCUAAAGAGGAUGGAUAGGUAAAAGUGAAGGGGCUAUUGUAGAAUUUAUGAUUAAACUUAUAGAUGGUAAUUAGAUUCCAGUCAAAGUAUUUACAACAAGACCUGAUACCAUCUUUGGCGUUACUUUUUUAGCAUUAUCAUUUGAAAAUCAAAUCAUUAAAGAAAACAUUCUCAAAGACAAUAUGAUCGAUUAGAAUGCAUUUGAUAGAUACCUUGAUAAAAUUGAUAGAUUAAAAUAAUAAGGCAGAGAUUUAAAGUAGAUUGAUAUAAACAAUAUUGAUGAAGGGGUCUUGUUUAGGAAUAUAAAAGCUAUUCAUCCUUUAACUGGAGAUGAGAUACCUGUUUAUGCUACCUCUUAUGUAUUUAAUGAAUAUGGUACAGGCUCUAUUAUGGGUGUUCCAUUCCAUGAUGAUAGAGAUUGUGCAUUCGCAGUAAAGAAUUAAAUUGAUAUGAUAUAGGUCAUUAAUGGAGACGAGGAGAAAAAUUUAGAUGAAUGUGUGCUCGUAAAUAGUGGUGAAUAUUCCCAGUUAAAGGUUAAAGAAGGAGUUCAAAAGAUCAUAAGUUAGCUUGAAAAAUUGAAUAAAGGCUAGAAGUAAACUGAGUAUAGGCUAAGAGACUGGCUUGUUAGUAGAUAAAGAUUCUGGGGAGUGCCUAUUCCAGUAAUAUACUGCGAGAAAUGUGGUGAAGUUCCUGUACCUGAAGAUUAACUACCUGUAUUGCUACCAAACGUCUCUGGAAAUACAGAUAACUUGAAAUAGAGUUCUCCACUUUCAAGGAUUGACGAGUUUUAUAAUUGCAAGUGUCCAAAAUGUUAAGCACCAUCCUAAAGGGAAGCUGAUACCUUAGAUACCUUUGUUGAUUCAUCUUGGUAUUUUUUGAGAUUUCUGGAUCAUUAAAACAAUUUGAGUAUGUUUGACAUUAGUAAAGUUAAGAAAUGGAUGCCCGUUGAUAUCUAUGUUGGAGGUAUGGAACAUGCCAUUAUGCAUCUUUUAUACGCUAGAUUUAUACAUAAAUUCCUAUGUGACUCAUAGAAUAUUUCCUAAGAAAAGUUCCAACUAGAUAUAAUCAGAGAGCCUUUUAGAGAAUUGGUAGUCUAGGGUCUUGUAAAAGGUAAGACUUAUAGACUAAAAGAUAAUGGAAAAUACAUAUUUCAGGAAGAUCUAAAGCAAUAUUCGGAAGACUAAUUAAAGAUAACCUUUGAAAAAAUGUCUAAAUCAAAAGGAAAUGGAGUGCUUCCUGACUCAAUGGCAGAGAAAUAUGGAGUUGAUACACUUAGAUUAUCUUUGAUGUUUGCAGCUCCUCCAGAAAGCGAUGUUAAUUUCGAUGAAAACUUCAUAUAGUAAAUGAAAUCUUACCUUGAUAAGGUACAGAGGAUAUCUGAUUAUGUCAUAGCUAGCUCAGAUUUUAAAAUCCUAACUAAGGUUGAAAUUCAAGAAAAAUACAAGAAUGAAUUGGUUCCAAUUUAUAAACUUCUGGUUGAUUAUAAAAUUAAAAUUGAGGAUUAGAGAUUUAUACAUGUCUCAAUUGCAAGGCUGAUGGAGCUAACAAACCUAUUGUCUAAGAUAAAAAUUGACAAUGAGAGAAAUCUUAAUACAUUCCUACUAGGGUAUGCCUAUUUGAUCUAAGCACUUUAUCCUAUUGCACCUCAUUUAUCUAAUGAGAUUUGGCAAGGAAUAUCCAAGACAAUAGAAAUAAUUGGAUUCAAUGUAAAUCUCAGUGAUAAUAGAUUGGAUGAUUUCAGGCAGCUUUUAUCCUAAAGUGAGGAGAAAGUAAAGAUUAAAAUUAAUAUGGACGGUAAAUUUUUAGGACAAAUAGAUAUUCCUAAAGAACUUAUUGGCUAAUCUUAGUAAAUUUUAGAUUAUAUUAGAGAACUCAGACCAAGCAAUUAGGAGGUAAAGAAAAUAGAUGACAUCGUUUCAAAAGAAAAAGUAGAAUAGUUUGUAAAGGUGAUAUCCUUCAAUGAUAAACCAAUAAUUAACUUUAUUACGAAAUGA